AUGUCUGAUACAGCUGAUGUUGCCAUAACAACAUCAAUUGUCAUAUUAAUUAUCACCUGCAUCGUGGGAAACUUUUUCGUUUGUGUUGCAGUGAUGAAAAAUCGCGAAAUGAGGUAAGGCGCUUGUUAAUCUAAAUACUUCUUCAAAUUGAUAAUUUCACUGCUGGGCAUGCGCAUUGCUGCCCCCUUUCCUUUUAUUUGAUCUGUGUCGGGAUACCGUACCAUACGGAUAAAAAACCUGAGCACUCCCCUUGAUAUUUAAGUAAGAGGGGGAGCGGCCUCGAAAAUGUUUUUUCUUGUCCCUACGGCCUAAGUGCCUAACUUUGGUCUAAGAACAAGGGGAAGGGGGUGGGGGGCAGCCCCACCUCGUUUUUGCAUGGUAGAACAACUUCUAUUUCACUUUGCUCCGCAGCAGAUGCGGAAUAGUCUCCUACACGGCCGUUUUCACGGUCGUCACGCAAUGCUGGGGAGGAGCGUUGCGUGACGACACUAAAAACUGCUGUGUAGUAGACUAAUGCAAGAACAGAACAAGUAAGUUUUUAUCUCUCAUUUAAUUUCCAUUUGCAGUUUACUAAUUAAAAGUGUGGGUUCCCUAUGCCCCCUCACAUGUUUCCUUAAGUAAAAUGCAGGUUGUUUACAUAAAAGUAAUGCAUGUUAAAGCGAACUGUGGCAUAACACUCGAUCAGGCACAAAUUUAAUGAUACAGAUACAAACACAGUGCAAACAAAAGCAAAAGCUCUGGGCCACUUUGGGGAACAACUGUAAGCUAGGAUGCUAACUCAGGAGAUCUUGUACCGUAACUAACUUGCCUUAGUACUCUAUUUCUCUCAAGUUUUUACAUAUAUUAGAAGCUACCGGUGAAUCUUUGGGGUUACCGAAGCGUUGCCGUUUAUUUGCCCUCUCGCCAGUGAGACUAUGAGAUGAACUUGUGGGCGAAAUUCGUAAAGUUCCUGAAUUUUCGUUAAACGAGUGUUCUUUAUAAUUCUAAUCUGAAAUUUAGACCUCCAAAGAGGUCUUUCAAUGGAAGAAAUCUAUCUUUAAACAGACUCUGCGAAGAUGGACAAACAUGCUUUAUGGAUCACGUAACAACUUCAAUUCUUGGUUACUGGGUUAAUCAUUGACAGCUUUCAUUUUUUCACGGAGAAAUCGACCGAUUUUGUAAACUGGACACAGGCAACUCAGUUAAUAAUAUAUAAAGCUAUGGGUUGAACUUCAAGCCUUUUUUGCGAAUCUUCUGCCAUUUAGAAAAUAUAGGGUCAACUUUUGAGUGAUGUAGAAUUAGGCCGAUCUCCAGAAACUAUGGUCACACGCCUUUUCUUCCCGUAGUAGUCAGCCGUAUGUAAUUUGAGAACGGUUAUCUACGAGUUAGCUCAAGGAUCCCUUUGAGGAUAUCACUAACUGACUGGACAUGUUAUCCCACAGGAUUCCCAUCAACUAUCUACUGGUGAACCUGGCAGCAGCAGACAUCUGCUACGUCACAUUCACAAUCCCGACGAUUAUCUUGAGCCACAACGUCGGCCAUCCAAACGGGAUUUUUGGAACAUUUCUGUGUGCAGUUAUAACCGGGAGAAGUUUCGCUUGGAUUGGAGGACUUGCGUCAAUGCUUGUCAUUGCGUUUGAACGAUACUUUGCCGUAGUACAUCCCUAUGGAAACAGAGGAAAGCUAACUUUACAGGGAUUGAAGGUUUGAUGCUUUGAAAUACUAUGUGGCAUUAUCCGCAAAUUAUAUUCCUGUACGAGCUUAGAUCAGCUUCCACGACUACAGCUCUCUCUCCCGAAGAGGCUCCCGUUAAGUAUUCCAGUAAAAAUAGCAAUAAUCGAAAAGUAGAAAGCGCGCUGGGGACGAUGGGAAGAGAGAAGACGCGGAAGGCCUUGCUUCUACUUCCUUUCGUCCUUUCAUUAUCCCCAACCCCAGCCUCCCCUCCCCACGACACAAAGAGGCCUCUACGGGGGAGAGAGCGACGACAGAGUCAGCUUCUUGGUCUGUGAUUCACCUUUCUCAAUUCUUUUAUGUCUCCUUAGGUGAUUAUUCCUGGAAUCUGGAUUCUUGCACUAAUGGAUAAAAUUCCAUUAUUUAUGAAGCGGAGCCGCUUUGUUGAAGAGGAUAGUUCCAUCCCUUUCAUUUUUUUGUUGUCCAAAGAAAGCCUAAGAAAAUACCGCACGGUUUAUCUCUCAAUCGAUUGCCUUGUCAUGAUCCUGCUGGUCUUGAUCUACUCCAGAAUUGUGUACACAUUGUGGUUCAAGCAAAGUGAUAAUGCCGUACUCACAAAUCAGGUAGGACCCUUCUCUUUAUACAAGGGAAUCUUAGAUUCUGGAUUCUAGAUUCUCGGUACUGAAUUCCGGGUUCCAAUCGGUAGUGGGAUUCCGGAUUUCUUGAGCUGGAUUCGGACUCCUAAGCCCAAGUAAAAAAAUUCCUCAAGCAAAAAAUUUCCUGGAUUUCAGAAUCUGUAUUCCCUUACAUGGGGCCAAAACUUUUAUCAAGACAAAUUAUUCGUUUGAGGGCUACUCAUAAUAGUUUUAUAUGGGGAGAGUUCCGCUCCGCGGUCCAACCCUUUACCCUUUGAAAGAAAAGGUACCCCUUUCGUAUACCCUCCAUUGAAAAAUAUAACCCCUCUAAAAUACCUAAUAAGAAUAAAUUACUAAAACUGACCUAUUUUACUCAAUGGCGAGCUUGACUGGAUAGUUCUGGGACCAGCGAAUAAGAUCUAAAGUGAGGCGCGCCUGUAACCCUCUGGUGUUAAAAUACAGAGUUUAAGUUGGCUGAGGGUCGGACGUCAAGCCGUUACGUCCUAGACGUACUCAGUUAUCAGCUCGAGUUUUGGAAAAUUGACGGGUACCACCCUAAGUUAUCAAUGAAUUCUUUGGAUCUCGGAUACAGUUUUUUCUUAACUAAAGCGUGAGUUGAAAAUGGUUUGUUCGUAUGUUGGUGUAUGGGUUGGCCAAAUUGGCCUAGUAAGGGACGUUAGGUUCUGUCUGUUUAUCUACUUUUGGUGAAUUCGCCAAAAAAAUAUGUAAACAAAUAAAUAUCAGCUGUGUGAAGUUAUCCUCGGAUACCUACAGGCAGUCAGUCGGGUCGCAAGAAAGGCACAGCGAAAGUUUUCAAGAGUUAGAAGUUCAGAUCUCUCAGUCAUAACACAUACGUUAACAAGACCAAAAAGGUCAUUCAUCCUUUUGUGUUCUAAACGACACUGUUCAUAUCAAAGAUCAGCUAUGUAAGUAGCCUUAAGUCUCCAGUCUUCAGAUUACUUCUUAUUUAACCCUUUUGGGUCGCAAAUCUUUUUUUUUUUUGGCAACUUUGUUUAUUCACUGUUUUCCCAACCAAUCGCGUGAGAUCUUCCGAGAGCAGCAAGGUCGCAGAGCUAUAUUGUAAGCUUGGGUGACCUAUGGCUUAUCAAUCGUUUUGUACACAGGGUGUAUUUAGGUUGAGGAUGCGAGUGACCUUGAUCGUUGUAACCGUGAGCGCCAUUCUUGUAAUAUCUUGGGGAGCAGAUGUGAUACUUCAUCUGUUAGAAGAACAUGCUACUGACUCCGUGAAACUGAGUCCUUUAGCUAUUCCGAUCGCGCACACGAUGCUGAUGUUCAACUCCGCUAUCAAUCCAUUUGCGUACGCUCUGCUGAACCAAAGGUUCAGGAAAAAGAUGAGGCAGAUGAUACGUUCACGUUCCUUUGCAACAAGGGUUGGUGCUAUGUCCGUGCGACAGGGUGAACCACAGGACAACUGGAAGCAUUCCAAUGACACAGCAAGCCAACUGAGUGAAAGGGCGGCGACAAUUUCCCGGGAAAAUGUAUUAUGA